AUCUGGAUGACAAAAAUUAUCUGAAUAAUGGUGUUUUUACAGAAAGUGAAUUGGCUGAGAUUUGGAAUUUUCAGGAAAAACAACUCCCAACAAUGCCUAAAGAACUUUUGACAUACCUUAACAGUUUCUGUCCAGUAAGUAAAUUACUGUUGCGGGAAUAUGAAGCAGAAAGUCUCAAAAAGGAUCACUUAGAAAUGUGGUUGUUACUGCAUGUCUGGAGCUUUAUUGAUAAGGCAUUUGAAAAUUUAGGAGAUGUAGAGGCUGUGAGCCUUUCAUCAUCUGAAAGGAAGAAUAAGCAACGGACCAUUUCUGCACUAACAAAAGUUAGAAGGAAGAUAUUAGGUCAAAGAGGGGAUUUGAUCAUUUGCAAAAUCUCUUUGGAAUAUGGAUGUUCUGAAAUGGGAAUGAUUUAUAAAGGAGAAAAUGAUACCAAAUUAUUGCAGGAGAGAGGCCUAAAAACUCCUAAGAUGAUUAAAGAUAUGUUUUAUCAUCUUUGCAUAGCUGUUGAUUGGGACGAACAAAAAAUUCGAAAAAUAGAGACAAUUGGGUUCUUGCAUGCAGGGCUCACAAUGAUGAUGCUGAGGCUUGACUCUCCUUCUGGCUAUACAUGUCGCAUUACACGCUCAAAAACUUUUAUCAUUCCUUCACAAGUUGCUGAGUUUGGUGCAAAGGCACUUCCAGCCAUUUUACUAGCAUGGGUGGCAAAAACAAUUGUUGCAAAUACAAUCCAUUUGGUUGAACAAGGAGAUGAGAAUGAUAUUAAUGAAGAGGAACUAUUACAACAAUUACUAAGAUCAUGUGAAACUUCGAAUAUAACACCUCCACCAUUGUCAAA